AGGAGCAAAGUAAGGCAGAGCUCAUUCAGUGGGAUUGUUGAGCACAGAGCUCCUCGGAUUACUGUGAUAGAAAUCUGUCUGUUUGAUUUCUGGUGCUGCUCUCGCUCAUGCCCUGGACGCACUGAAGGCUUGCAUUUCAGCAGUCGAACAUCUCUGAAGCGGAUGCACAAGACUCGGAGAAGGGAGAAGAAGAGAGACUGAAACUUAUUUUCCAAUAACUCUAAGAUUGAAUACAAAGUGCCAGCAUCAUGCCUAAGCAAGUGGAGGUGAGGAUGCACGAAAGUCACCUGGAGCCCAUCGAGGCCAGGCCCAGGAACAAGUGUAUCAGCUGCUUCUCUUCUCUUUUCAAGAACCUGCUGCUCACGCUCACUGUACUCGGUGUGAUUCUGGGGGCUGUGUCUGGGAUGCUGCUUCGUUAUGCCUCUCCCAUCCACCCAGACAUCGUCAUGGUGAUUGCGUUCCCUGGAGACAUCCUGAUGAGGAUGCUAAAGAUGUUGAUCCUGCCUCUCAUCAUCUCCAGCUUAAUCACAGGUCUGGCUGGGCUAGAUGCCAAGUCUAGCGGUCGCCUGGGCACCAGGGCAAUGGUCUACUACAUGUCCACCACGGUGAUUGCUGCAGUGCUGGGAGUCAUCCUAGUGCUGGUCAUACACCCUGGAAACCCCAAGAUGAAGGAGCAGCUGGGAGAUGGCCAAAAGCAUGAUGAUGUGUCCAGCCUGGAUGCCUUCUUUGACCUCAUCAGGAACCUGUUCCCUGAGAACCUGGUGCAGGCCUGCUUCCAACAGAUCCAAACGGUAACUAAGAAGGUGGAGAAGGUGAUUGAGGAAGACAUCAAUGCCACCACCACCUUGGAGGGCCUCCUGUCCAACGCCACCAAGGAGCCUGAGUUCAUCAUCAAGAAGUCCCUCCAGUUCAAGAGUGGCAUGAACGUGUUAGGAGUGAUUGGCUUCUUCAUUGCCUUCGGCAUCUGCAUGGGGAAGAUGGGAGAGAGGGCCAAGCUCAUGCUGGAGUUCUUCAACAUCCUCAACGAGAUUGUUAUGAACCUGGUUAUCAUGAUCAUGUGGUACUCUCCCUUCGGUAUCUGCUGCCUGAUCUGUGGUAAGAUCAUCUCCAUUGAUGACCUGGAGGUGGUUGCUAGGCAGCUGGGGAUGUACAUGGUGACUGUGAUUGUGGGCUUGAUCAUCCACGGAGCCAUCUUCCUGCCUGCCAUCUACUUUGCCAUUGUCAGGAAAAACCCCUACACCUUCUUCAUGGGCAUCUUCCAGGCCUGGAUCACUGCCUUGGGGACAGCCUCCAGUGCUGGUACACUGCCUGUCACCUUCCGUUGCCUGGAGGAAAACUUGGGCAUCGAUAAGAGAGUCACCCGUUUCGUGCUCCCUGUCGGCGCUACCAUCAACAUGGACGGAACCGCCCUCUACGAGGCCGUGGCAGCCAUCUUUAUCGCCCAGAUGAACAACAUCUACCUGGAUGCUGGUCAGAUCGUCACUGUCAGUCUGACAGCUACCCUGGCCAGUGUUGGUGCGGCCAGUAUUCCCAGUGCUGGACUGGUGACUAUGCUUCUAAUCCUCACUGCAGUCGGCCUGCCAACUCAGGACAUCAGUCUGCUGGUUGCUGUUGACUGGCUCCUGGACCGGUUCCGUACCUCGGUGAAUGUGGUGGGAGACUCGUAUGGCGCGGGUAUCGUGUACCACCUGUCCAAGGCUGAGCUGGAUGAGCUGGACGCUACACAUGGCAAGUCGGGCGACAUCGAGAUGAUGAACAAGACCUCGUCCUACUAUGAUGACCUCAAGAACCACCACGAAAACAACUCCAACCAGUGCGUCCAGUAUGCCGCUCACAAUUCAGUCGUAGUAGAUGAGUGCAAGGUAACCUUGGCCACUAACGGCUCUACUGCUGCGGCAGCCGUGGCGGAGCGCACACUUGUUGAGGAGGAACCCCGGAAAAGUGAAUAAAGCCAGCACACAGAACCCCAGCUCCACAGGCUUUCUUAUCUGGUGAAAAAAAUGUGAACAAAAAAAAAAGAGUCAUGCGAACAGAACUACUAAUUGUUUUUCUUAUGUAUCUUUAUUUUGCAUUUGUAUUAGUCCCUUUACAGUGUUUCUAACCAUCUAUCUGACUGACAGAUGAAUAAUACUAAUUAACUUAUCAGUGAAACGAUAACAGAGGUAUGUUUUACCUGUUAGAACACUAAUGUGUGCAUCAUAGCAAACACUUGAACAACGGACAUCAAGGCUUGGGAGGGAGGGUGGGAAGAGAAAAACAAACGGUUACUUAAAUUAUUCCUAGAAUUGUUUCUAUGAGAGCACUGCCUUCAAAACAGGGGGAGGGUCAGUGUGAGGGGGAGUAACACUGCAACAACAGUCCUUCAGAGUGUGAUGGUAGCUGUGAGUUUGACACUGGCAAUCUGGAAGUCUAACAACAGACUGAGUGUGGGACAUAAUUAUGCUAAACAUAAGGUAUGCCUGUAUCAAACUCCACAUUAUAUUUUUAGCAGCGUGUCAUUACUAUUAUCAAUGAUACCACAGUAGACAGCUGUUAUUUGACCCCUGGCCCCUUUUACCUCACAAGAUAACCUUUUACCUAUACCUGACAGAGCCCCUGUAACCUAUCUGAGUGUCUUUGCUACCUGCUAUUACCCACAAUCCCAGGGGGAACCCCGUUGGUGAUAAUGUAGAAUGUAGAGAUAAGGCAGGGUCUGCAGACUGAGCCUUACUCCACAAGCACAUGUUCUCUGAAAAGCACAAAAUACAAAAGAAACAUGGAACCUCUACUCCCUUUUUAAUUGUUAUACAUUUUGUUGACUACUGUAAGGGAGAGGGACUUUUUCAAUGUCGCCUCUAGUGUGAGAUUAUUUACUGUAUCUGUGUGAUUUGUGUGUGUGUGUGUGUGUGUGUGUGUGCGCGUGUGCGCGUGUGCGCGUGUGUGCGUGUGUGUGUGUGUGUGUGUGUGUGUGUGUGUGUGUGUGUGUGUGUGUGUAUGGGAUGGGAGUGAGAACAUGACAUAUCUCCCCAUUACUGAUAAGGACCAAACAGGCAUAUGAUAAAUCAAGCCAGAAGCCUUCGAAACGCCUCCAUGACACUUACAGUCAUUGAUAUCGUCUUUUGGGGUUUCUUACUCUGCACACAAUCCAUUUGUAGCUAACUCCAGGUAGAAAGUGUCUCAUCACUCAUUUAAACUUCCAAAUUAGCUAUUAAGAAAUUGAUAAAGCUCUCUGCCCCGCAAUUACUGCAACACAUGAAAAUCAAAAGUAAAGGUAAAAUUUGUCUCCAAAUACAAAUAUAUCAAUAUCUUCAGUUCAGGACUGUAUUUCAUAUUAAUUAGUUCAAAGUACUAGGAAGUAUUUAUUAUACCCAUCCCAGAUAUUCUGAAGCUAUCAAUUUCAUGAUGUUGAGAACCAAGAGUUAAUUGGGAAGUACCUAGAAAUAUAUCUAGAACCAUGAUUAGUACGAAAAUAUAAAGCACAAAUUAGGUUGUUUUAAAACAGAAUACAAAAACAGAAUAUAAAUUGAAUACUGAGUCCAUAUAGCACAAUUUCAGCUUAGAGUAUAAACUAGUUAUGUAUGAUUUUUUUUUAUCCCUUUUUGACACUGAUCUCUUUUCACAUUCAUCAUUCAUACUUUGAGGAACCCAAUAAGGGAAACUAUACUCAGGCUUUAGCACAAAUUCCUUGGAUUUGAAAGAGACACUUUCACAAAGUCAUCAACACGUUUAGCUGCUCAUGAAAGAAAAUAGGCCAUUGA